UCAGGCGUCAGCUGUUCACAUGAGCACAGGUCGGACGCUGAGUCUGACCCACAGCUCGCAGAGGGAACCACACAGUCACACAGACUCCUGACAAACUCCUGACAGCCUGCGUCUUGCUGCGUUUACUUGAAUUUGACAAAACUACAACUGAAGAUACUUUUCUCUGUGAAAGCUCACGUAUACUCUGUGAAGAUAUGCCUCAUUUCAGGUGCACAACAGGAAACAGUUCAGUACGAGUUCUUCGUACAGGAGCUUCCUCUUUCCCUGGAUGCCACAUGCAGGACAUUCCAGUUUCCCCUCUUCAAUGAACAAAGCGGAUUCACAUCCAGAGCAACCACAACAGCAGUAGAAGUAAUAAUCCUCCAAGAUGGCAGUCACUUCACUCUUUGUUACAGAGGAGCCAGGAGCUGGCUUAGCUGAGGUGGACAUAUGUACGCUUGAGAUUAAUAUCAAGCAUGAAGUCAUCCCAUCUAUUGUGUGCUCUGUUUGCUUCUCAUUUGGCCUCAUCCACUGCUUUUUCGGAUACCGCUGCUUCAAGAUGGUCAUGUUCUUCUCUGGCUUCAUGCUUAGCUCAGCGGCCGUACUCCUCUUGUACCACAAGGAGCCUGUGUUGGACACCCAGCUGGGGACAGAGACAAAGGCAGGGAUCGGCCUGGGCGUGGGCGUGCUCUGUGGGCUGAUGACCAUGCUCGUGUCCACUAUGGGACUCCUCCUCAGCGGCCUACAGCUGGGGAGCCUGGUCUGCCUCUCCAUCCUGGUGGUUAUCGGACAGUUUCACAGCCUUACUCCAUUGUGGGUGCCUCUCAGUGCCGUACUGGCUGCCAGCAUUGUCACUGCUGUCUUCACACUUCAGUGGCAGAAACUGUUCAUCAUCAUCUACACGUCUGCAUUUGGAGCAACCACUGUGAUGCUGUGUGUGGAUUACCUGCUGGGGACAUUCAUGCUGCCAGAUCAGGUGUAUGAUAUGCUGUGUCAAGUUGCCCCACGUCCAUUUUGCUGGUUUAACUGGGCGACCACCGGGAUAUGGCCUGUUAUGAGUCUGAUAGGUGUGUUGGUGCAAUGGAGGUUUACUGCCAAAGGAGUAACACACAUAGAAGCUUCACACAAAAAACAGAAGAAACAUGCCAAGAAGCACAGACAUAGAGAGUCAAAGAGAAGACCUCAACCACACCGUCGACGCAGGCCUCCAGUGCUGAAACGCUACGCAGGAGACGUCCUGGCACCGAGUUAUCUCCGAAGCCUUCAGGAGCGCCAGAUGGGAACGGGCUCCUCAUCCAGCAGCGUCAGCACAAUCACACACACUCUAAUUGACUUUGACUUUGAGACGGGCUCCAUGGUGCCUCUGACUGCUGCCUCUCCUGUCUUUACAGUCUGAAGGAACAAACACCAUCAAAAUAUCUGCUACACUGACAAUCAAACAUUCCUUUGAAACGUUCACUUCCGAAGAAACAAUUCAACCAUCUCGACUGCUGGCGUGAAUCCACUUUGACCGGUUCAUCAGAUAAUCAUCGACAUGCACACGUUGUGAUUUGAGAUGAUUGGAGAUCAUCUCCUGAAUGAUGACGACGACACACACAGUCAUCAGACAAUUAGUGAUCAUUAAAAUCCUUUGAACAGUUUAUCUCACAUUCGCUUUGUGUUUCACAGUCGAGCUUUUACUCUUCAGAUAUACCAUGUGUCUAGAUCAGUUUGGGUGUUUUGAAGUUCAAGUGUUACUGUAAUAAACAAUAAAUUCAUACCAAUAUAUGCAAUUAAA